AUGUUGCUACACCAAGGAAAAAUGCGACAAUCGAUGAAGCAAAUCAAAAGUGCCGAAAAACGCCGAAAAUCGUCGCAGCCGGCCACUAAUCAGAGUUUAGCCGGGCUCGCGCAGCUCAUGCUUCCGGCCCUGAUUGAGGAAAAUCCGGAGGAUCCAAUUGGAAAAAAAUUUAAUAAUCGUCGUCAACCUUCCGGUUUGCUGCAGAAGGCGAAUUUCCAAGUGCGACGAGGAGCUGCUGGAGUCUGGGAUAUUGCUGGUAGAGCGCAUUUGGCGGGAAAACGAAAAGUGGAGCAGCUUCAGCAGAAACCUCCACUAUGGCUUGUUAUAAUGAAAAGGGUUUAUCACAAAUACGGACUAAAGCACGUCGUUUUGAUAUUGAUAUUUCUUCUAUAUUGCACAAUCGGUGGUAUGAUAUUCUGGCUGAUUGAAGAGCCGUAUCAAUCGAAAUUAAAGGAUCGCUGGACAGAGAAAAUUGAAGUGAACAGAACGGAAAGAGUCAAUCAAAUUAUGAGGAGUGUCUUCAAUAACAGUGAUUAUUUGAUCUACAUCAAAGGAAACACUACAAAUCGUCUUGUCGAUUUUUUUACACUAGAACUAAAUUCUUAUGAAAAACAACUUGGAGUGAAAUGGAGUCAGCAGAAAAUGGAUUGGGACUUCUGGAAUGCCCUUCUAUUUGCUGGAACCAUUUGCACAACCAUUGGUUAUGGACAUAUUUAUCCAAUGACUGAAGCUGGAAGAGUCAUUACCAUGAUUUUUGCUUUAUUUGGAAUUCCGUUGAUGCUGCUUGUUCUGCAAGAUUUCGGAAAAUUGUUGACGAUCACCAUGAAAUUUCCUUGGUUUCAAACGAAACGGCUCAUGAGAAGAAUACUGAGAUGCUGCACAAAACAACCAAUUGAGGAAAUGCGAGAAAUUGAAGCGCAAGAACGAAGAGAUUUGGACAUUUUCGAUUUGCCACUACCCGUUGGAAUAUCACUGAUUGUGAUAUGGAUUUUUAUUUGCGCUUUUGUUCUCUCGGUAUGGGACCAGAACUGGACACUUCUCGAAUCUUUCUAUUUCUUUUUCACAUCAUUAAGCACUGUUGGACUUGGGGACCUUGUUCCGUCGUCGCCGCGCCUACUUAUCACAAUGUUUGGCUUCAUUUUAGUUGGUUUAUCAUUAGUUUCGAUGGUUAUAAACUUAUUACAAGCCAAGAUGAGAAAAACUUAUGAAGCUGGUCAGAGUGAAGAACCGCAAAUACAUCAAAAUCAAACAAGUUUGGGAAUUAUGCAGUGUUAUGAGCAAGAGGAAAAGAAAAUGGAUAUAUCGGAGAGGAGUUUGAGCAGAUCGACGCAGACAAGUCUCAGUUUGCCAGGAGUCAAACAGGUUGUGUUGAGUUCCGAUGGCGUCCAUUGGGUGUCAGAUUUCUCCGACGUCAAGAGUCCUGAUGAAGUCACCACUCUUGUUGAACAUGAAUCUGGACUUCGCGUUUGUGAGCAAAUAGGCGACAACAACAACGAAGAUUUCUCGGAGCUUGAGAGCCUUGUCUGUGAGACGGACGCUUUAAUCGAAGUCGCCGAGUGUUCGGAUCUCGAUCAAUGCGAAACCAUUUAA